UUCAAAACCAACAUAUCCAAACAAACCAUGGCUUCCUCCUCCACUCACUUCUGUCUUUUAAGCUCGGUUUUCUUGAUGAUCUCCUUCUUUCAACUAUCCUCACAUCAGCAACUGUGUCAUAAGGAUGAGUAUCUUGCUCUAAUGCAAUUCAAAGACAACUUUGUCAUUGAAAGGCAAGCAUGUACUCGUCCUAAAGUCAAUCUCUGGAAAUCUCAAGGGGUUGAUUGUUGCUCAUGGGAGGGCAUAUGGUGUGACCAAGACACUUCUCAUGUCAUAGGCGUUGAUCUCAGUAAUAGUUGUCUCUUUGGUUUUAUCAAUUCCAGCAACAGCCUCUUCCGCCUUGGACACCUUCAAUACCUCAACCUUGCACUCAAUGACUUCAAUUUCUCUAAGAUACCAUCUGCAGUGGGCAAUCUUUCCAGGUUAACUUAUCUCAACCUCUCUGGUUCUUUCUUUUCUGGUCAUAUUCCACAUGAAAUUUCAAAACUCUCUAAUUUAGCUAAGCUUGACCUUUCUUUCAAUCUUGAUUAUUCAAAUCGAGGAUUGUUGGAACUCAAAAGGCCUGAUUUGAACAGCCUAGCUCAAAACUUAACCAAGCUAGGAUGGCUUGACCUCUCUUAUGUUGGUAUAAAUUCUCCAAUCCCUAAGGCCUUGGCAAACAUGUCAUCAUUGACACAUAUCCAUUUUGGUCAAUGUGGAUUGCUUGAAAAGUUUCCCAUAGACAUUUUCCAACUACCUAAACUUCAAGUCCUUGAUUUGGAUAACAAUUGGGAACUUAGUGGUAGUUUUCCUAAAUUUCACUCUCACAGUCAACUUAGGGUACUUGAUGUUGGAAACACAACCUUUUCUGGUGAGUUACCUAUCUCAAUAGGAAUGCUUAGCUCUUUGGAAUAUUUAGAUGUCAGUAGUUGUAACCUCUCAGGUUGGGUACCACCUUCAAUUGGUAAUCUCACCAAACUCCACGUAUUGAACCUCCCAAAUAAUUCUUUUAGGGGAGAAAACGCUCCUUUCUUCUCAAACCUCACUCAACUAACUCAAAUAAAUCUUAGAUUAAAUCAAUUCACUUUUAGUGAGGUCCCUUCUUCUUUGGCUAGUUUGAACCAUCUCAUGAAGAUAGACCUUUCUUAUAAUCAUAUUACUGGCAAUUUUCCAUCUUGGAUUACAAACCUAACAGAUUUAAGACAAUUGGGUCUCGGGUUUAAUAUGUUACAGGGCUCUCUUCCAAGCUCAAUUUCCAGACUUAGGAACCUUGAAGCACUCUAUGUUUACUUCAAUAACUUAAGUGGUAUUGUUGAGUUUGACACAUUUCUUGAACUCAAAUCCCUUAAUUCAUUGGCUUUAUCCUUUAAUAAUUUCUCAUUAGUAAUCAAAACCCCCACCAAUAAAACAAUUCCAAAGUUUAAAUUACUGAGUCUUGCUUCUUGUAAUCUAAGAGAGAUUCCAGACUUUUUGCGUAACCAAAGUGAAUUGAAUGUCCUCAUCCUCGCCUCCAAUAGCCUCCAUGGCCAGAUACCUAGUUGGAUAUUUAAUAUGAGUGCAAGUCUGUGGGCUUUAUGUCUUUCAAACAACAAUUUCACAAGUUUUGAAGAAUCCUUUCUUGUUUUUCCUUCUAGUCUUUUAUAUCUAGACCUUAGUUUUAACUCUCUCAAAGGUUCUCUACCAAUCCCACCACUCUCUAUCCUUUUCUACUUCGUUUCUGGGAAUAUGUUUAGUGGAGAAAUUCCACCUCAAUUCUGCAACAUGACUUCUCUUCAACUGCUUGAUUUGUCUCAAAAUAAUUUGAGCGGAACAAUGCUGCAAUGUUUUGGCAACCUCAGCUCCAUGUUGGUUUUAAACUUGGAAGGAAACAACUUCCAUGGUCCUAUCCCGAAAGGCCAACAAUUUGAUACAUUUGAAAACAGCUCUUUUGAUGGAAAUUUAGGACUGUGUGGAAUGCCACUGUCAAGGAAAUGUGACUACUAUAACUCCAAGAGUUUGCCUCCACCAUCUUCAACCUCCAAAGGAAAUGAAGACUUUGGAUUGUUAGCCGAAUUCAAUUGGAAAUUAGUGUUGCUGGGUUAUGGAUGUGGAUUUCUCAUUGGUGUGGUUAUUGGAAACAUUGUUUUUACAAGAAAUCAUGAAUGGUUUAUGAAGACAUUCCGAAUCAGGCAGCCAACAAGGCAAAGGAAGGGGGGUGAAAGAUUGAAGAGGAGCAAGGAGUGAAGAUGAUAUCAUUUCAUUGCAUCAUUUUUUUCCCUCCUUUUAUCUGUUUGUGAUUGCAAGUCAUGUUCAGUGCAAGUGUAAUGUAUGGUAUGGAGUGGAAUUUCAAUCUUCAUGAAUAAGUACUUAUACUGCUACUUCAGCAGCUGAUGUGGAAUAUUAAUAAUUUCCUUUUAGUAAAUUCUUUGCUUUCCA